AUGCAAGAAAGUAAUGUUGCAGAAGAUGUCAUACAUAAGUCUAUAGAAUCUCACUCUAUUCCUUCUGAAAUAGAAGCUGAAGAAGAACCAAUUGAAAAAAAUGUAGAACCUAAACGGGUUAGAGGUCCAACAAGAAUGCUUGAUGUAUGGGAGAUGGAAGAUGGUGAUGUCAUAAUUGUUCGUUUGGACAACCACAGUCGGCCCAUUGGGAAUGAAGCAACAACUCUGACUCGUUUCAUAGGUAGUGUGAGCAAAUUUGAGUUUGUUCCUCCAAUAAAUGACUCAACAAGAGAAAUGAUAAAAUUUGAGUUGAAUGAGAAGUGGAGGCAAUGGAAAAGUGAUUUAAAGUCAAAGGCAUAUGAUCCAAGUAAGACAAAAGAUGAAGUUGCAACUGCAAUACCUGAUGAUAGGGUUGACCAAAAUCAAUACCGUGAUUUGGUUCAUGGUUGGUUUUCUAAUGAAGGACAAAAAGUAAGUCAAAUUAAUAGACAAAAUCGUGCUAAGUUUGAAGAUGUUCAUUGUAUGGGUACAAAAAGUCUCCCAAAAUUUAUUGAUGAAAAGAUAAAAAAGAGCAAAGGAGUGGUACCUAGACGUGAAGAGAUUUAUGUUGAAACUCGUACUCAUAAAGAUGGGUCAAUUGUCAAUGAAAAGGCUGCAAGAGUGAUUGAAGAAUUGAGCAGAUAUAGUAAUGAGGUUGGAACAUCUCAAUCACUCCAAAACACACAAGGUUCUGUGUCUUGGAAGAAUGAUUUAUUUUCUCAAGUACAAGACCUUCUAAGAAGGGACAUGUGCGAUGUAUGGAUUCCCGAUGCUUCUAGUGCUCCUAAUAAUUUGAAUUCUCCUAGUUCAAACAACAAUGAAGAUAAUGAAAAAGGUGAAGAUUAA